AUGUUUGUUCAGAUAUCUGCGCUGACAAGCUUCGUUUGGGUUGCUGCUCCUAUUAUUGCUCUGCAGUGCUUCAUCGCUGCUGUUCACCGACACUGCCAGACACUGAAGGAGACAGGAAGGCUCACACUGGGUACUGCAUGCCGAGCAUCAAAGGUGGCUUCUUUGUUCAUCUUCUUCCCGUGGAAAUACUCACACUUUGGGCUGUAUCGCAGACAGUCAUCAGCAUCUUGCUUCUACUCGUUCUCAUACAUACUGCGUGUUGCCUGUAUCGUGGUGCUGAUACAGGCAUUUGCAUCCACGCCUGAGGUUGUCUCAAGCCCUGCCGAUGACUCAAAGUUGAACUGCACAGGGCUCCUGAAGAACCUGACGCGCAAAAAAAAGCCUAAAGGUCAUACUGUGCUUGACGAUGGCAAGCAGAGACUGACCUACCUGGUCUCGUGUCAGCUGCCUGUUGUCGUGGCUACGGCUAGUCUGUUCCAAUCCCUGCCUGUCGGAGCAUUUCUCCUGUCUGUGGCAGGCAAGUUUAUCACUGAAGCCAAGACGAUGUUUCGGCACUGUGAUUGGUGCUCUGCGAAAACAGACCGCUCUCUGCGAGCAGAAAUCAGCCGUAAGGCACGGGACAUCAGAGACAGUAUGGCAGCCGGCACACUGGAACCGUCUUGGAAGGAUCGGAAGCUUCUUGACCUGGAGCUGGUGUUGCUUCUGCUAGACCUUGUUUCUGAUCUCAACUGCAUAACCCAGUUUGCGCUGGCUUCUCGCUGGGGUUGGGCCGCUGCGCAGUCUGCAGUUUUCCUUUUGAGUCUGGCCUUUGAGCUCCAUGCAGCUUCAGCAAGCUCCUUGGUAGCAGCCGUGCUGGAGAGUCGCAAAUGCGGAUAUCCAACGGAUGAGUACUUGAUCUUUGUCCGGACCGAAAAGACUAUAGAGGCUCCAUUUUCUUUGCUGCUGCAAUACUAUGCGACAUUCUAUGUUCUUGACCCACUGCUAUUUCUGAGCGCAUGCGUCUCGAUGGUCCUGAGCAGUUUCAGUGUGGCGAAGGGCGCCUACGAGCAGCUCCACCUAGCUCUCGAUGAAGCAGUGGACCAGGCUGAGGAGCUGGUUGACCGGCAAAAUCUGGCGCGGUCGCAGGGUGCUAUGUGUGAUAAGCCUCCAAUCCAGGUGGAGCCGGUCGGCCGUCAUUAUUUGGACCGAGAAUGA